AUGCUGAGCAAUUGUCCACGCAGCGAAAAUAAUCCCAUGUCAAAGCUGAAAGAGCGGCCGGCACCCGAAUGGAUGGCAACAGUGGGACACACGCCGCUGAACCUCUCGAAACAUCAACGAAGUAUGGGGCCAGGGAAGUGUCAACGAAUGCGCAGUAAAAUGUUUGCUCAAGAAGUUUCGUGCGGUAACACCAGCCUCGAAGACGAACCACAUCGGGCGAGCCAUCUUACCCAAACACCUAAAUCGAUCUAUUGGAAGGCGUCAAUUAGAGCUGAUCCGGACAAAGCCACGCGAGAUAUCGCCAAACAGCUCGACGUCGAUCACGCUACAGUUUCUCGCCAUUUGAAGCAAAUUGGGAAGAGCAGGAAGCCUGACAAGUGA